CACUUUUUAAAUAAAAAAUCAUUUAUCCUAAACACCUGAAAUGGAAAAUAAUUUGAUUGAUUUUGAAAGCAUAUCUAGUUUUGAUUAUGCAAAUAAAUUAAGAAAAUGGAUAUAUGACUAUAAUUUGUAUGUUAAUUUAAAUAAUAUUCAGUCACAUGCUAUGCAGAAUGGCUAUUUUCCAUCCAUAUUACCAUAUAAUCCUUUAUAUUCCUACCAUAGCUUCUCAAAUAUCAAUUACAACAAUUCCCUUAGCUUACCAUAUAUUGAUACUCUUCAUUCCAAUAAUAGAGGCCAAAUCUACAAACUUGGAAGCGUGACCAAGAGAAUACUAGCAGAAAUGGUUGAUUUUUUUACUUUAUUAGUUGUCAAACUUCUAAUAACUUACAUCAUUGCUGAUAUAUUUGAUAUAAUAGAUUUAAACACUACUCAUUUGGAAGCUCUAUUCACGUCUGAAAUAACUUUACAAACAACUUUAAAUAUGACAUCUGAAUUCCUUGUCUUAGAGCUGAUUCAUAGAAUAUGUGUAUGUUUUAUAGAAGCAGCUUACACCCGUAGAGGCUACUUUGGACAAGGUGGAGCAACGCCUGGUAAACUAAUGUUAAAACUUAAAAUAGUUUCUUGUGAAACUAUUUAUUCCAUACCCGGCGUCGAAGAAACAUACUUUAUUUCUCCUGCCCUUGAUAUAGGAUUUCCCAAGGCCCUGUUAAGAUCUUUUCUCAAGAAUUUUUCUUUGGCGUUGGUUUUUCCCACUUUUGCCAGCAUAGUAGUCAAUCCCCAGAAGAGAGCCUUGUACGAUUUGAUAUGUAAGACCAUUGUCGUUGAAGAUGACAACCCUUAACAAAAAUAUUACAUGUAUUUGAUUGAUAUAUUUAUUGUUUAUAGAUUAUUUCAAUGUAAUUUAAUUGUUUCAGUUUUAUUUAUAUAUAGUUUAUUAUUUUUACAAUAUUUUGUUUUAUUUAUAAAGUAAAUCAAUAAUUGUUCUAGUUUAAGAAGUAUGCUAUUUGGAAUUGAAAUAUAAUAUAUUAAUAAUCA